AGUUGCCACAAACAUUAAGCCAGUUUCAAAACCCUAACCCCCUUCACCGAAUACGCAGCGAGACGCACGUAUUUAUAAACGAAGCAGCCGUAACCUUAUUCACUUCUCUCUUUGCUCCAAAACCCUAAAAUCUAUCAGACGUAGGGUUUUGCAGAGCCUCCAUAACAUCCUUUUUUCUUCCUCCAACUUCGCCGAUUACUCUCUCUUCUCCUCCAACAAUGGCCAAGACUAGCAAGAAAUCAGCUUCCAAAGUUGAGACUGCUCCACCUGUCAAAAAGGGAAAGAGGCAGGCAGAUGAGGAACUUGAGAAGCAAGUUAGUUUAAAGAAACAGAAGAUAGAAGAGGCUGCUCAGAAGCAAAAGAAGGAAGUGAAGGUGCAGAAGAAAAAGGAGGAAAGUAGUUCAGAUGAUUCUUCUUCAGAUUCUGAAGAUGAGAAACCUGCUACCAAAGUUGCUGUUGCUUCAAAGAAGAAGCCUGCUAAGAACGGCACUUUAAGCUCCCCUGCAAAGAAAGCCAAGCCAGCUAGUAGUUCUAGCUCUGAUGAUUCUGCUUCAGAGUCUGAAGAUGAGAAACCUGCAGCAAAGGCUCCUCCAAAAAGUCAGGCUGCAAAAAAUGUUGCUCCAGCUAAGAAAGUCAAGCCAGCUUCCUCUUCAAGUUCUGAAUCGUCAGAUGAUGACUCCGAUGAGGAUGAAGUGCCCAAAUCCAAGGUGCUGCCUGCUGUGGUUAAGAAUGGAUCUGCUUCUGCAAAGAAACCAAGUGAAAGCUCCGAGUCUGAGGACAGCGGCUCUGAGGAGGAAAAGAAAGCAAAAUCAACCAAAAAGGUGCCUGCUAAGAAGGUUGAAACAGAGUCAUCCUCUGAUAGUAGCUCUGAUGAAGAAGAUAAGAAAAAACCUGUAGCCAAAUCAUCUGCAGUUCCAAGUAAGAAAGUUGAGACAACUGAAAGUUCAGAUGAUGAUUCAAGUGAAAGCUCUGAUGAAGAAGAAAAUGGUGCAAAACCGACUGCAAAUGCGGCAUCCAAGCCUUCUGCUAUAGCUAAGAAGAAUGAUGACAGUGACAGUUCAGAUUCUGAUGAUAGCAGCUCCAAAGAUGAGAAGAAAACUGCUCCCAAGACUGUUUCCAAUGCCAAGUCAGCACCUGAGCCAAAGCCUGCCAAGAAGUCUAGUAGUUCUAGUGAGAGUGAGUCGGAUGAGGAAGAGGUUAGUUGGUUUAUUCUUGAUUCCCAUAUUUACUUGUUAAUGUUUUGUCCUUUUACAUUAAAUGUGUUUCCAAUCUUAAUUUACAGGACUCAUCUGAUAGUGAAUCUGAGGAUGAAAAGAAAACGGCUAAAAGCUCCGGUCAGGGAAAAAUGGAUGUUGAUGAAGAAGAGAGCUCUGAUGAAAGUGAUGAUGAGCCAAAAAAAGCCUGUGAAAGUUUCAAAAGAAAGCAGUGAUAGUUCGGAUGACAGUGAUGAGGAAGAAGAGAAACCUUCUAAAACUCCUCAGAAAAGUGCUAAGGAUGUGGAGAUGGUUGAUGCUGACUCAGCAAAGAAAGUUCCUAAAACCCCUUCUACACCUAGUGCUGCAACAGGUGGAUCAAAGACACUAUUUGUUGGAAAUCUGUCAUUUAGUGUGCAACGAUCUGACGUUGAGGAGUUUUUCAAAGAUUGUGGAGAAGUUGUUGAUGUUCGUUUUUCUGUUGACGAUACUGGGAGGUUUAAAGGAUUUGGACAUGUUGAGUUUGCUACUGCAGAGGCAGCACAAAGUGCUCUUGAAUUGAAUGAGCAUGAGUUGUUGAAUCGUCCUGUUAGGCUUGAUUUAGCUCGUGAAAGAGGUGCAUAUACCCCUGGUGGCAGCAAUUCCUUCCAGAAAGGUGGUCAGCGUCAAACUGGCCAAACUAUAUACAUAAGGGGUUUUGAUAAAUCUCUUGGAGAAGAAGAGGUAAGAGCUAGCCUAAAUGAGCAUUUUGGUGCCUGCGGGGAGAUCUCGAGGGUGUCAAUCCCAAAAGAUUUCGAGUCUGGAUAUCCUAAAGGUUUUGCCUAUAUCGACUUCAAGGAUUCUUCUAGCAUGAAAAAAGCUCUAGAACUCAAUGAAACUGAACUUGCUGGUGGUUAUUACCUCUCAGUUGAAGAAGCCAAACCUAGAGAUGGCUUUGGUUCAGGUGGUGGAAGAGGUGGCGGUCGAUUUGGAGGUAGGAGUAAUGAAGGUGGUCGAUUUGGAGGAAGGAGUGGUGGUGGCCGAUUUGGUGGUGGAAGGGGUGGUAGUGAUCGAGGCAGAGGUGGUCGAGGAAGAGGUGGGGGAAGGGGUUUUGGAAAUAAACCGACAUUUGCUGCAGAAGGAAAAAAGACCACAUUUGCCGAUGACGACUAGAGUGGUGGAUUUGGAAGAAGUUUACUAUAUUUAGUUACCGUAAUUUAUUAUUCAGCUGUUUUGCCCUUCAAUUUUGUUUUACUAAGAUGAAUUCGCAGAAAUCCAGUGUACCGAAAAAGUUGUUUUAAGGGGUGGUCCAGUACGUGUCUGAUUAACAUUUUUGUAUGCUUGCGUGAUCCCGAUUAGUCAUGUAGAGAACUCUUUAUUAUAUAAUUAUAAUAUUUUUAAUGACAAUAUUUCAUGUUGAGGAAAA